AUGCUUCAAUUGUAUAAUAAUGGCAAGGAAGAGUACGAGAAAAGCGAAGAGCAGUUUUGGAAGGAACCACUUGGCGCAUGGAUAAAAGAUUGCAUUAUUGGAUCAGACGCAUUACUUCCGGAAGUGGCAUGGCGAAUAGAAAAAUAUCGCGGACGUAUUUUACGGUUUUCGGAACUCUGCGACGGUUUCCUUUUCAGCCUUCUCUUCGUUUUCGUGGAACCGAAUACACUAAAUUUGAUAAUAAUGCGUGGUGAAGAAAAUUCACUCUCAGAUACAACAACCAGCUUGAGAAGAUUCCUAGUGCUACUGGAGAAUAUUCGGAAAUUUUAUCGAAAGCAAUUAAACAAACUGAUUGUGAUGCCGCUACCAGAUCUCCUGACGAUCGUGCGGAACCCGUACGCCGAUGGUUGUAAAGCAGAUGUAAACAAUGUGUUGCUAUUAUUGUUGGGAUGUGCAGUACAGGGUGAACAACGUGGUAAAUUUAUUGAACGUAUCAAACGUAUGGAAAACGAGCUCCAAACGGCACUUUUAAAUCAAAUUAAAAAGGUAGCGGAAGAAGGUGACUGUGUGCUUAACAUCCAAGCCUUAGAGUUGAUUUCAGAAGACCAUCAAAAAGCAGUGUUAUUAGCUCAUUUAGAGAGUAUUAUGAAGGAACGUGAUAUGUACGCCAGUCGAUUGUAUGAAAUGUCCGGUGAACGAGAAAGCGAUGAGAAUAGUACGACUACUGGCUCCUCAUCAGUGUCCAGUGAAGUGAUCAGAACAACAAAAGUAUCAGAAAGUAGAUGUGAGGACCGUAUUCCAUCACCAAGCGCAAUGGAAAGACACGCAAGUGUUGAGCUUGCAUCCGCUAAAGCCGAGCUUAGAAAGUUAAGAAAUAUGAUGGAGGAACGAGAGGAGAUGAUAGCAGAGCUGAAGGAUGAAGCGGAAGCUCGUGAAGUGAAUAUUCUAAAAAUGCAGCAGGAACGACUGGAACUUGUGAAAGAUGCUCGUGCUGCAAAGGAUUACCGCGAUGAGCUUGAAUGUUUGCAGCAUAAGUUGGCAAAUUAUGACAAGCUAGAAGCUGAUAACAUUAAAUUGAAAGAGAAGCUAUCAGAUCUAGAUUUUUUCAAAUCUCGAGUAACGCAGUUAAAAGAAGAGAAUGAACUAAUGCAGGAAUCCUGCUCGAUACUGGAGAAUCAACUUGAACAAUGUCAAAGGAAAGUUUCAAGUCACAUAGAUAUGGAGAUAAAAUUAGCUGAUUAUCAAUAUCAAAUAAAACAAUAUCUUGCUGAUAUCACUAAGGACCAUGAGAAAAUAGAACAUUUGUUGGUAGAGAACGGUCGUCUAGAAAGAGAACUAAAAACUGAAAAGCAGAAGAGCUUGGCAUUGGAACGAAAGGUGGAAUCCAUAAAUGAGAAGAAUGAACAUUGUUCACGAGAGGAUUUCGAAUCGUUGGGUAGUCAGAUGGCUGACGAUGACAGGAAACGAAUUCUGGAACUGGAAUUAGAAAAUAGGAAGUUGAGAACGAAGCUCGAGAAUGCUAAGAAUUGCGAAGAACUGGGCGAAGUUCAUGCUAAAUUGCUGCGAACUGAAAUAGAACUAUCAGAAAAGAAGGAGGAAUGCGGAGUGUUAGGUCAACAAGUUCAGGAAUUUCAAAUGACUUUAUCACAAGUUACUUCACAAUACCAAAAGACUUGCGAUCUAUGCAAUACAUUGGUAAUGGAACGGGAUUUAGCACAACAGAAUUUGCAGGAGGCCAGGAAGAAGUUUUCCGACUUUCAAAAUGAGCAGAAAAAUGAUCUUACUAAAGCAGUUUCGGAGUUGCAAGAAACUUUGGAAGCUAAAGAAGAGAUAAUCAACUGUUUGCGAGAGGCAAAAAUCCAAGCAGACGAAGAGCUCAGAAAAGCAUUCGAGAGAGAACAAAUAUCAGAAACUGAUAUGGGAAAGCUGAAAAGUAAGUUGCAAGAGACAGAACAAACUGCGCACAAUUUAGAAAAGCAGAAGGAAUUGUUGGAAAAUGAGCGAAACAUCCAGAAGGCGAUCAGUGAACGACUUGAAGGACACAUUGAAGAGAAUAGACUAAAGAUAAUGAAUAUGGAAAAUAUUCAGAAAAAGCUUGAAUCCUGUGAAAGAGCGGUAAUGGAAAGCCGAAGUCGAGUAAACGAACUGGAAAGUGAAAAUCGACAGCUUAAUCAACAGCUUGAAUUGGAACUCAAAAAGAUGGAUCGUUUACGGGAAGAUUUGGUAGUUGCAAAAUCACGGUGCAGUGAUUUGAUAUCACGAUUACGUUCCAUCUGUGUAUCAAUUCAGUUGAAUGGUGGUAAAUGUGAAGUAGAAAUGGUGCAAUCUACUGACGAGGAUGGUGGUGGUGAUGAUGAUGAGAGGAUUAUCACAAUCAUCGAUGAUGUUAUCAUGAAAGCACUCACAGCUGCAAGACGGGAAGCCGAUCUUCUAAGGUUGCAACAGCACACACAAAUCGCUGAGUUAAAUGAUCUUAAGGAGGAUAUUGAGCGACUGAGGCGAUCGGAAAGUGAUUUGAACGGAAGUGACGAUCGUUUACGCCAGUUAACUACAGAGAAUAGAAAUAUCAAAGAACAAGUAUUUCUUUUGCAAGAACGAAUUCGUGAAAUGCAGCAAGCAAAUUCAUUGAAAUGUAGUGAAGUAACAUCACUGAAAAGAGAGCUGGAAGAAUUACAGCAAAGUGCCGCAAACCGCAAUAAAUUGCAUACUGAACUCGCUAAACUUCAAGUUUCCUUGCGAAAUCUUCAACUUCAGGAGGAGCUAUUAAGACAGGACAAUGCAGAAAUGCAAAAACAGCUUAAAAUUUGUGAGGAAGAAAAAUUAGCCACAAAAACUGAUUUCGAAUCAUUGCAAUCAAUGCACAAUGCACUUCUAAUGGAUCACGACCGGUUGCAAACAUUGCACGAUAUGCUUAGUGCUGAUUACGAUCGUGCCAAAUAUGAUAAUACGUUGUUAAAUAUUAAAUUAAAGAAUCAUAAAGGAACUACCGAAGAAGUUUUAAACGAACGUCGGCAGUUUGAGGAAUUAAAAUUAACGCUUGCAGAGGAACGCGAACGACGUGAUCGUGAAAUAAAAAUUAUGCGAAGUGAUAUGAUGGCACUGCGUAAUACUUAUGAACAAAUACGAAAAGAUAAUAUUUCAAUGGCACGAAAUGCACAACUCAGUGAGGACGAAUUACGAAAGCUUCGAUUUGCUGAGCAAAAUCAGCGCACAAUUAAAGAACGUUUGACAGCACAAAUUGAAGAUUUGCAACGAAAGCUACAAGCUCGGAAUUUAGAAAUCACAGAAUUACUUCAGAAAAUUGAGUUGUUUGCACAUCUGAAUAAAACAUUGGAAGAAGAAAGUCGCAUUUUGGAUCGACAAGUUAAUCAUCUAUUAGCAGAAAACCAGAACCUUCUUAGCAGAAUAUUGAAUAAUAAGGAUACUUAUCAGAAUGUACAAAAAGAUUUUCAGGAGAGAGUUACCUUACAAGAGAAAUUAUCGUCGUUACGAAGUCAUAAAGAACAAUUAGAAGGAAAAAUAAUGGGACAGUAUCAAAUGUUGAACAACAGAAAAGAUGUAACCAAAGAGAAACCGACAUCUGUGGAUGUGUCCGUCAAAACGCUCAUUCCCAAGAAUCUUGGCGAGAGCGGCAACAUAUUUUCUGCUGAAAAAUUUAUGUACCGUGGUUCUACAGAAGAAAAUAACACUUAUCCAGCGAAGGAAUCGUUGACGACAGCAGCUUCAAAACGAGAUUCACCGCUUACGGCCUCUACAAAUGGACAUUGCUCAUUUCUGGAUGAUCAGCCUUGCAGUUCAUCCGAUGAAUUAACACUUAUCAAUAGGAACUGCGACUUGCGACAAAAUGGUAAUGGAAGGACACAGGCAAAUUCGGAUUGCAAGGAUAGUUCGACGCAUUCUCCUCGGACUUUUAUGAGGAAUGUCUUUCAUGCCGAAUAUUCAUUGAUGCGACGUACUAUUCCUUUCAACGAACGAUCCGUUGAUGUUAUUAGUUUGAAUGGUUCCGAACGUGGCGUAGAUGUGCCCUCCCUACCACCACGUCCUCUAUCUCGAUCAAAUUCGGUCGGCCGAUCCUUGCACAGUAGAUUACUUCCUCCAACAUAUGAACCAAAAAAUUGCACAAAACAACCAGCAGUUAACAAUAAACCACCACCGCCACCGUAUAAGGGACGAACGACACCUACGAAACGAAAUGCCGAAUUUUCGCCAAAGGAGACAUCAACACCUAAAUUAGAGCACAGUGAGUUCGUGCUGUGUCAAAAAGAUGAAGAAAGAAGUGUCAUUCGAGAUAAGGCGGAGCGGAAUGAGAAGGUAAUUAGUGUCUACGAGAAUGUUAAUCACAAUGACAUAUCCACUGAUUCAGAAAUUGGUACUGUAUGGUACGAAUAUGGAUGUGUCUGA